UUUUGGAUGUCUAGUCAAAUUGCAGUCACAGAACUGAGUUGACCAUCACGACGCUGCAGCUCAGCUCGAAUUAAAACAGGCUCUGGUCUGAUCUGAUAAGAGGUGAGAGACAAAUGGCGACAGAGAUGUCUGUUCUGCACAAGAUCAGUUCAAAUGUAAAGAAGGAGGCAGCGUAUGCAGUCCUGGAUAGACAAGCAACCCGGAUCAAGGAAGAGCUCAGACAGGGAGCGAGGAAGCCUUACAAAGAAGUGAUAGAUGUCUACUGGGGCAACCCGCACAGGACAGGCAUGAAACCUCUGUCGUUUGUCCGACAGGUUCUUGCAGCAUGUCUUUACCCUGAGCUGAUGAAAGGCGACAAACUGCCUGCGGACGUCAGACAGAAGGCUCAGGGGCUGCUUGGGGAAUGUUCUGGGGGUAGUGUCGGUUGCUACACUGCGACAGCGGGUACACCAGAGAUAGUCCACAGACUCUCGGAAUUCAUAACGAGACGAGACGGUGGGGUUCCGUCUCACCCUGAGAAUAUAUUCAUCUCCCCGGGCUCACAGUGGUCGCUCGCGAACAUUUUCAAGGUCCUGGUGAACAGAGAGGCUCCCACAAGAACCGGCGUUUUAGCCCCAGUGCCUUGCUACAGCACAAGCGCUCUGUCCAUAGAGGAACUGGGAGGAGCCGUCGUUCCCUACUACCUGAGCGAGGAGCAGGGCUGGGAGCUGCAGGUGGAGGAGCUGCAUCGAGCACUGGAGUCGGCAAAGGGAGCGUGUAACCCUGUUGCUCUGUAUGUCAUCAAUCCUGGAAACCCAUCAGGUCACGUCCAAAGCAGAAAAUCCAUGCAAGAGGUGAUCCGGUUUGUUUCAGAGAAGAGGCUCUUCCUUCUGGCUGAUGAGGUGUAUCAGGACUGCGUUCACGGGGAGAAGAGCGGGUUUGUCUCCUACAAGAGGGUUCUGGCGGAGAUGGGGCCUCUGCUCGCAGACACGGUGGAGCUGGCGUCCUUCCACUCGGUGUCCAAAGGCUGCAUGGGGGAGUGUGGCCUACGAGGUGGCUACGUGGAGCUGGUAAAUCUGGACCCAGCGGUUAUGAAACACAUCUACAUACUGUGCUCCACGGACAGCUGUGCCCCUGUGUUGGGUCAGAUUGCCUUGGAUCUGAUGGUGAACCCUCCACAACCAGGAGAUCCCUCAUAUCCUCUUUAUGAUGUGGAGACACAACACAUCAGGACCACACUGCGUCAUAAUGUGAAGAGAGCCCAUGCGGUUUUAAACAGCCUGCCUGGUUUCUGCUGCCAACCAGUGGAAGGAGGAGCAUUUGCGUUCCCCAGACUUGAUCUUCCACCAAAAGCCGUUCAGAAAGCCAAGGAAGCGGGACUGCAGCCAGAUUUGUUCUACGUCAUCAGACUGUUAGAGGAGGCUGGUGUGUUGGUCAGUCCUGGUUCUGAGUACAGACAAAAGGAGGGCACCUACCACAUCAGAUUUUGCAUUAUGAUGCCACAGCACAUCAUGGAGGAAGUACUGAGACGCCUGGAACGCUUUCACACAAAGUUUAUGAAAGAUUUUUCUUAACCAAUAAGACUUACAAAAAAAAAAUUGAGUUGUGUUUUUAGCAGUUCAGUGAUUCAGAGCAAAGAAUAAAAUAAUAUAAUAAUUUC